AUGCGUGGGAAGCCAAAGACCACCUAUGAAACUUAUCUCGGUGCAGCGCCUACUCCCGCGAUCUACCUGCAGGCGACCGCACAUUGGAAAUCAGACACAUCUUCGAGCUGUGAUAGUAUGCUCAAAAGUCGAGAGGAAGCUGUGCUUCUUCAGCUUGGUACUAAAGCUGCGGUUCCAUAUAACCUGAAUGGCAGUAACUUUGGUCGUUGGAUAGGUACUAAAGACGAGACAGCCGUGGGUCCGAAAUUUCUGGCCAUUCUCACUCUGGGAUGGUCCUACGUCCUGUCCGCUCAAAUGGUGGAGAUCCAAGGAUCAGGUGCUGCAAUGACAUAUACACAGUCGACAGCAGAAACGGAGCUCAACACAAGCCCUGAGACAGCAACAACCGCCAUAGACCUGGGAGAAAUUGAUGAAGAUGGGUCUAGUCAAACAGACAUUGCUGAACCCUUCUCGUCUCGCAAAGCAUUUGAUGCUCUUGCACAAUUUGCUCUCACGCACAAUCUUGGCAGCCAGUUUCUAAUCGCAUUCGCCACUGCCAUGACAAUACCGACGCAUAACUACCACGGAUCUACUCUCCAGCUACCGCACAUGACACGUACAGGGGCUCAAUGCCCGGCUACACCAGCCAGCUCAAUCCCCGUCGAAUGGACCGAUUUGUAUGAGAGCCCCUAUCUUGACGGGAAGCAAAAUGACCAGAUCUGGAGAGCUGACAUCUGGCGACUCCUUCAUCCGCCCACUGCUGAGGAAGAUGACAUGUCUUACAAUUACCGGCCCCGUACUCCUUGGGUUCCAUGUGGCAAGAUGCCCAAGGAAAACUGUUCUCUCCGUGUGGCGUCACACCUGAACUGCCCACGGCAUCACCUUCAAUACCAUCAUUUGACCUGGCAGUUGGAGGACGACAUAAUCAUUGACGAUCCAGGCUUGCCAAGGCCAACAGCCCCAGCACUUACUACGUUAGACACCGAUCGCCUCCAGAUAGGAGACCUACAUCAGGCUCCUCAAAUAGAAGUCGACCAGGACGCUUCUUGGAGUGCUUCAUCGGAUCUAUUUCGGUGGUUCGUCACCAAUGGAGAGGGAUUUCCUCCAGAGAAAAUCUACAAAGACGAAUGGCUACAGGGUCUUGAGGAUGACGACGACGACGACGAUGAUAUCGAGGAUGAGAAGGAAGAUGAUGAAACAGACCCAAAAAGACCACGACAAGAAGGCCAACUUGGUUUGGAUAACUGGCUAGAUACGAUUGAAUGA